AUGGCUUCAGACGACUCCUACAUGGCUUUUCUGAACAAGGCCAACGCUGACGUGGAUGCCGGUCGCAACGCGCCGGCGCAAGGGACCGACACCGCGCGGACGGAGACCGUGGACGCUACAACCCAGAUCCCGAAGCCCCUCCAGUCGGUCGAUUACUACUACAUUUCCGAAACGGACGAGCCGUUUGAGCCCGUUGCGCUGAUCUGGAAUGACGCGAAGCAGGGCAUUUGGCCCAGCCCAGACCAACUGUCUAGCCUCAUCUCGCCGAACACAGACCUUUCGCAGGCCAUCUCGACCCUCUCCCCGUCGUCAUUUGACCCCAAGAACCAAUAUUCCUCGGUGCUGCAUGCCGUGCGCUCCGCAGCCGUUGAGCGUGAUGAGAAUGCCGACCAGUCUGCCGUGGAAGUGAAAGUGUACAGAGUGGAGCUGAGCGGCACGAAGAUCGAGUAUUGGUUGCUCGCCUUGGAUGUCCCGGGGGCCGUAUUGUCGGACUGCGGGCCAAGUCGGUCGAGACCUAGGUUUGACAACAUAAGCAUUUGA